AUGGCUGGUGAACUUGAGUAUGACAUAGCCCUGGUUAAACUCGCCGAUAGCAUACCGCUGGGGCAACAUCCGCUGAUCCUCAAGGCUAGACUACCGACCCCCGGUCUCGACACAAAUACUCAACCAGCGCCGGAUACGGAAUGUUUUCUCGUGGGCUGGGGUUGUCUUGUAAAGUCCUCCGGUCCCUCCCCGUACGCCAUGUACGCUAAGCUGACCGUGUUUGAGAACAACAAUUGCUCUGAGAUCUACAGCCAUGCUGCUGGGCUUAAUGAUGAGCACGAAUUCUGCGCCGGAUUUCACAACCAGAACAUUGGCAUCUGCCCGGGUGAUAGUGGCAGUGGCCUGAUGUGCCCAGCGGGAGAUCACUGGGAGCUGAUGGGUGUCGCAUCGGCGACCCACGCCAAGGAACCUGAAAGUUACCCCGGCUUGUUCACUCGUGUGGCCGUCUUCCGCGACUGGAUCCGAAGGACUUUGGCGGAGUACAGUUAUAUGGCUUUUGGGCUCUACUGA